GUGCCGUGAGAAGCGUCGCAGACAGGCAAACAUCAACCCACCGGUGUUUCGUUUCUCUGAACCAUGGAAGGAAGGAAGAACUUGGGAAUGAUGGACUGAGAAUCCUGCCCUCCUUGGGAGUCGCCAUGUUGGAAGGGUUGAUCGCGUGGGUCCUGAACACCUACCUGGGGAAAUAUGUCAGUAACCUGAACACAGACCAGCUCUCGGUCGCUCUCCUCAAAGGGGCCGUAGAGUUGGAGAACUUGCCUCUCAAGAAGGAUGCCUUGAAGGAAGUGUUGCCGUUUGAAGUGAAAGCUGGGUUUGUCGGCAAGAUCACCUUGCAGAUCCCCUUCUACCGCCCCCACAUCGAUCCCUGGGUGAUCUCGGUGUCGAAACUGUACCUCAUCGGCUCCCCGGAAAAGCCGGAGGAGUUCGUGGAAGCGCGAGAGCGAUUGCUGGAUCAAGAGAACAAGAAGGCUCUUCUCCUCGCUCUGGAAGAAAAAUGGAAAAAAGAACAGGAGCAGGUCGGAGAGUCUUACUGGUAUUCAGUCACCGCCUCCGUCGUCACCAAGAUUGUGGAGAACAUUGAACUAAACAUUCAGGACGUACACCUGAGAUUUGAGGAUGGGGUCUCCAACCCGUCCCAGCCCUUCGCCUUCGGCAUCUGCAUCAAAAAUGUUUCCAUGCAAAAUGCCACGGAUGAGCCGGUGGAAGAACUCAUGAAGAAAAAACAGCUGGACAUUUCCGACUUCAGCAUCUACUGGGACAGUCAUUGCACCCUGUGGGGGGAUAUGCUUCCCGCGGAGCUGCAGGUAGCCAUGGAUAACAGCAUGGCACGCCGGGACCAUAAUUACAUCAUGGAGCCCGUGUGCACAUCUGCCCUGCUGAAGAGGAAUUGUUCCAAGGAGCCCCUCCGGUCACGGAAUAUGCCACGCCUGGAGUUCGACAUCCAGCUGGAAACAAUCCCAUUGAAGCUUUCUCAGAUGCAGUACCGACAAAUUAUGGACUUCCUGAAGGAGUUGGAUAGAAAAGAACGGCAGCUCAAAUUCAGAAAAUGGAGACCCAAAGUCACAGUGAGCGGAAACUGUCGAGAGUGGUGGCUCUUCGCCCUGAAUGCCCACCUCGCUGAGAUCACGGAGCAGAAGGCGCGUUCUUCCUGGGAAUUCGCCUUGCGACGCGCCCGCGACGCGGUCCUGUACACGGAGUUGUACUACAACAAGUUGAAGGAGCUGUCACUUUCGGAGGAGGAGCAGGAGGAAGUGGAGCGCAUCGAAGACGAGCAGACGUUUGAGGAGCUGAAAAUCCUACGGGAACUAGUUUACAACCGCUUCCAGGAGCUGGCUGAGAGCAUUAAGAAGCCCUUGUCUGAUUCUCUGGAUUCCACCGUGGAGACGGAACUGGAAGGAGGCCGCCACAGCAGCAGCGGGAUGCUGCGGUACCUCCAGUCCUGGUUCCCAGGAUGGGGAGGUUGGUACAGCCAGUCCCAAGAAGCACUGGAAGCCAAGACCAUCGAGGGACUCCUGUCGGACACAGCGGAAGAGUGGCGGCCGGAGGAGGUUGCGGGAGCCGAUGACUUUUUCGAUCCAGCUCCCGAUGUCUCCAGUAUCAAUACCUUCACAAAGAGAGACCACGUCCUGGUGAAACUCAACCUGUGGUUGCAAGGUGGCUCCGUCACGCUGUCGCACGCCGAGAAGAGAAGUGGGCCGGACAGCGAGAGGGCCUUCAUGAGGCUGCAGUUUUCGGGCGUGACCAUCCUUGCAGAGACGCUCCCUCGUAGGAAUUCCUCCCUCUUGAAAGUGCAGCUUGGAAGCCUCUUCCUCCGGGAUUUAGCGACCGAAGGAACCAUAUUCCCCGUCCUGGUCUUCCCGAAUCCGCUGAAAGAAGUCGGCUGUGCCUCGUCCGUUAGCCUCCUGACCUCAUCUUCUGACACCAGCAACCAGAGCAGUGAAGAUCCUGUCCCGGUGUUUGAAAUGCUGUAUGAGAAAAACCCAGCUCACAGCAAUUUUGAGAGGCGGUUGGAAGUCAGCACUCAACCCCUUAAUAUUAUUUACAACCCUCAAGCCAUUAAGAAAGUAGUUGACUUUUUCUACAAAGGAAGAGUUCAUUCCUCAGGUUUCGGGUGUCAGUCUGAACUGGAGCUGAGAGUGGCCGAAGCUGCCCGAAGACAAUACAACAGGCUCAAGAUGCAGACCAAAGCUGAAAUUCGCCAGACCAUUGACCGACUGCUUGUUGGGGAUUUUAUUGAAGAAAGCAGGCACUGGUCAAUCUGCCUUGAUAUCUCUGCCCCUCAGGUGAUCUUCCCGGACGACUUCAAAUUUUCAGACCCUGUUUUAGUCGUGAUUGAUUUGGGCAGAAUGCUGCUCACUAAUUCUCAAGAGGAGCACAGAAAGAAGAGUCCGGGAGACGGCCCAUCCCUAGAGCUGAGCGAUUUGAGCGACGACGAAUACAAGACCCCUCUUGCCACCCCUCCCAACAGCCCACCUCCUGAACCCAACCUGGCUGGAGAGGACAAAAGCAGCAAAGAAUUCCCGGGUGUGGAAAUCAGUGAAGAGCAACUCCAGGCGCACCUGAUGAGCAAAGAAAUGUACGAGACCUACACCUUGUCCUUCAUGGAUCUCCAGAUCAUGGUGGGGCGGGUGAAGGACAACUGGAAAUACGCCCAAGACAUCGACGUGGGCCCGACUCACGUGGUGGAGAAGUUUAACGUCCACUUACAACUGGAACGCCGGCUGAUCUACACUUCUGACCCCAAGUACCCCGGAGCCGUGCUCUCGGGCCAUCUGCCCGAUUUGAAGAUACACAUCAACGAAGACAAAAUCGUGGCCUUGAACAAUUGUUUCGGCAGGCUAAGCACCCCUGACCGGGACACCUCGCAGGUGGGGAAAGUGGCUCCUCUGCCGAGCUUGGAACAGCGCGCCAGCCUGCACAGUUCCAUGGUGAACUUAACCCAGAGCGUCAUCCUGGUAGAGCAACACACCAAAGAAGUGCUGGUGGAAUCCCAGCUGCUCCUGGCAGAGUUCCAGGUGAACUGCAUGCAGCUGGCGGUGGAGAGCAACGGCCGCUACAUCUCGGUGCUCAAGGUGUUCGGCACCAACGCUCACUUCGUGAAGCGGCCGUACGACGUCGAGGUCUCCCUCACCGUCCACGGCUUGCUCUUGGUCGACACCAUGCAGACCUACGGCGCCGACUUCGACCUCUUGAUGGCGUCGCACAAGAACCUGAGUUUCGACCUCCCGACGGGGAGCCUGCGUGACAGCAAAGCACAGUCCCCCGUCAAUGGCCUCGGCGAGAACCUGCUCGCCGGGGACGUCGCUGAGAAGUGCACCCUGGCCUCCAAGAUACUCUCCGGCGCAUCGUCCUCCUCGUCGACGCGGGACGAAUCCUUAAUCAAGCUGGAAUACCAAUUUGUCACCGCCGAGUGCCCGUCCAUGAACCUGGACAGCUCCCUCCAGGUGCUGACUGUCCAGAUGAACAACCUGGACAUCAUCCUCAACCCGGAGACCAUUGUCGAGCUGAUCGGCUUCCUCCAGAAGUCCUUCCCCAAGGAGAAGGAGGACGGGAGCCCCCAGCCCUUGAUGACCGAUGCGGAAAAGACCCUCGGCGAGUGGGAGAAUUUCCAGUCUACCCACUCCCAAAGCGUCGAAGUGGCCGUGGAGAUCCACUGGCUGAACGUCCUCCUCCUCAGGACGGUCACCUUGGCCAACCGAGAGAAAUUCGGCCGGAAAAUCGCCACGGCGAGCAUCGGCGGCACCAAGGUGAACGUCUCCAUGGGCCGCCGGCUGGAGCUCCACGGCUCCCUGGGCUGCCUGCACCUUAUGGACCUGACCCAGGACAACGUCAGGAACCAGUACGUGGUCAGCAUCGGCAACACAGAGCGGUACGAGAGCCUGAUCCGUGACGUGGGCGACCCCAGGCCGGCCUUCCCCCAGUUCGAGGACGCCAGCGGCCUCCCCGACGCGCUCUGCUUCACCUUCCUGGAGCAGUCCGCCGUGGAGUGCUCCCUCCUUCUCCAGAUGGCCUCCCUACACUACAACCACUCCGCCAAGUUCCUGAAGGAGAUCGCUUUGUCCCUGGACGAGCUGGAGGAGAAUUUCCGUGGCAUGCUGAAGAGCGCGGCCGACAAAGUCACCACCGUCCUGGCCACCAAGACGGCGGAGUACAGUGAGAUGCUGUCCCUCUUCGACACGGCGCCCAGGUCCAGAGACCCCUUUAACCUGGAACAGGAGGAGGGGGAAGAGCAGGCCCCAGUGUACCCCAAGACAGACACCAUCAAGCUGGUCUUAAACGUGAAGAUCGAGUCGCCCGUGGUCUCCAUCCCUCGCAAGCCGGGCAGCCCCGAACUCCUGGUUGGUCACUUAGGGCAAAUAUCCAUCCAGAAUUUCGUGACGGGCGAAGACAACCUGAGGAGCGACAGCCUGCAGGUGGAAAUCAGAGACAUCAAGAUGUAUUCGCUGAAUUGCAGCCACUUGGCGGGCAAAAAGGACUCGCCGUCGGAGGCGUCCGCCCCGUUGCCUUCCCCUCCCGGCUUCGCCAGCUGCGGCUACCCGGAAGAGUCCCAGUUCACCCGCCACGAUUUUUUCGAAUCGUUACACAAGGGCCAAGCUUUCCACAUUCUGAAUAACGCCACCAUCCACUUCAUCCUGGAGAAGAUCCCAGUGGAGCCCAGCGCGGAGCUGGCCUUCCCUCCAAGUGACGGUGUCAACAUUUCAAACCUGAUGAGGAUCGAAGGGAAGUUUGUCAACCCUCUGCAGGUGAUUUUGGCCAAGCACGUCUACGAGCAGGUGAUGCAGACCUUGGACAACCUGGUGUGCAGCGAGGACCUGACCAAGCCUCCGUCCAGCUUCCCAUCGCCCACUUACUCCAGCUUGGCUUCUCCUCCGUCCUCUCUCCGGAGCCUGAGUGCCGAUUUCUCCUCCGGCCGCAAGGAAAACGGCUUCUUCACCCACGCGACCUAUGCCCAGGCCAAAGGCCCGCCGGCGCAGGGGUCCCGCCAACCUUUCACUCAGAUCCAAGCCACCUUCCACAUCGCCCAGCUGCAGGUCCAGCUUAGCGGCGACCUGACCCUGGGGGCCCCGCAAGGCCUGGUCAGCUUGACCUUCCAGGAUUUCGACGUGGAGUUCUCCAAGGACCACCCCCACACCCUGUCCAUCCAGACCGCCUUGCGUUCUCUGCUGAUGGAGGACCUCCUGGUGAAGAACCCCGAUUCCCUGUACAAGAACCUCAUGGUCUCCCACGGGGCCCCCAAACCUUCCAACUUGGCCCAUAAGGAGUACCUCUCCCAGUCCUGCCCGCUGGUCUCCAACGUGGAGUACCCAGACAUGCCUCGCUCUCUCCCCUCCCAUAUGGAGGAAGCCCCCAACGUUUUCCAGUUCUACCAGCGGCCCUCUUGCCUCUCCCAGCCGAAGCACCCCAAAGAGGACGAGGAGAGCUGCCCGCUGACCCCUCCGCCUUCCCCCACCGACAGAGGGCCGGCCGCGGCCUCCGGAAGGAGCAACUUCGACGACUCCUUGGUGCACAUCAACGUCCUCCUGGUGGACAAGAGGCACCCGGAGUUCGCCUCGCGCCACAACCGGAUCAACCGCAGCGUGGACAUCGACUUCAACUGCCUGGACAUCCUCGUCACCCUGCAGACUUGGGUGAUGAUCCUGGAUUUCUUCAGCAUCGGCUCCACGGCCGAGAAUCACGGCGUCAAGGCGACGUCGAGCGGGGGCGUCCAGCAGACCACGAAAUCGGAGUCGAACCCCUCGACGGACGAUGAGGCGCCGGAGGAGUCGGUAAAUUCCAAGCUGGACCUGAAGGUCCACUCUCUGUCCAUGGUGCUGAAUAAGGCCACCAAUGAACUGGCCAAAGCCAGCGUAUCCAAACUCGUCACUCACAUGGAGACGACAGAAGGCGAUUUGACCUUCCGGGGAAGCAUCGGGAGUUUAUCCUUAAGCGACCUCACCUCCCACGGAGAGCUGUACAGAGAACGCUUCACGACCAGCGGAGAAGAGGCCCUCAUCUUCCAUGUCCACAAGUACGGCCGGCCGGACGUGACCCUCCAGAGGGAGUGCGAUGUGCGGGUCAGCCUGCGGAUGGCUUCGGUGCAGUACAUUCACACCCAGCGCUUCCAAGCGGAGGUCGUCUCCUUCAUCCAGCAUUUUACACAGCUGCAGGACGUCCUGGGCCGUCAGAGGGCGGCCGUGGAGGGGCAAACGGUGAGAGACCAGGCCCAGCGAGCAGCCAGAAUCCUCCUGGACAUCGAAGCCGGUGCCCCCGUCCUUCUCAUUCCGGAAAGCUCCAGAUCCAGCCAGCUUAUCGUAGCCAAUCUGGGGAAACUCAAAAUCAAGAACUGCUUCCUGCUGGCAGGCACUUCUGCUACGUUCUCGCUCAAAGAUAAGGAUCCCAUUCUGUUUUCCCCACCGCUGGGGGCCCCAAAGCAUAACGUGAAGAAAACUCCAAGUGGCGAGGAAUCCAAGAAAGCCCCCCAUUUCUCGGAAGGUUUGCCCACCAAAGAGUCCUCUUCGGAAUCGAUUGUCGGUGGUCAAAAAAGCGAGCACAAGACAGAACUCGGGGCAGAUCCGGCCCCAUCCUCUCCUUGGUUGUCGACGGAUAGUCCUGAGGAGCAGCCCUGCCUGCUGGACUGCAUCACGGUUGACCUGCAGGACAUGGACAUCUUCGCCGCGGAACGAUACUCCCGCGAAUAUUCCCAGCCCGUCCCGGACGCUUCGGUGGAUUUGACCUUCCCGUCUUUCGUCAUCCGGCAGGCGGGAGGCAGCUUCCUCGCGGAGCCUUUCAGGCUGAAGUUGCAAGUGGAAAGAAACCUGGACAGGGAGAUCAGCCACGCCGUGCCGGAUAUCUCUGUCCACGGCACUGUCUCUUCAGUCCACUGUUCUCUGGAUCUGAGUAAAUACAAGCUCGUUCGGGGUCUCUUGGAGAACAAUUUGGGGGAACCCGUGGAGGAGUUCAUACGGCCUUACGACUUGCAGGACCCUCGAAUACAUACGGUGCUGAGUGGCGAGGUUUACACCUGCCUGUCCUUCCUCAUUGACAUGGUCAACGUGAGUCUGGAACUGACCAGCCCUCAGCUCCAGCAAAGCUCCCUGGCCAGGUUUGACUUUAAAAAAUCCAAGCUGCUCUUUGAGAGUUUCUCCAAUCAAACGCGAUCCAUCAACCUGGUCUCCCAUUCCAUGAUGGCCUUCGACACGCGAUACGGAGGGCAGAGGGCCUCUGCGGGAACGCCCAACGUCUUCAACUGCAUUUUCCAGCCUUCAAAGAACAACCAUUCUCAAGGGGCAAUCCAGAUUGAGUUGCAUUACAGGUCGACCAAGGACUCCUCCUCCUUCACGGUGGUCCUGAACAACCUCCGCGUCUUCCUGAUCUUUGAUUGGCUGGUGCUGGUCCACGACUUCCUCCAAACCCCCAGCGACCCCAAGAGGCCCUCCCCGCCGCCUCCUGCCCGCCAGCGCAGCCUGGGGGCCGAAACGGCGGCCGUCAUCCCCAAAGCCGUCAAGUGCGGAAUAGUCACCAAGCGUUCUUCGCUCCAGAUCUCCACGGAGAAACAGCUGGAGGUCAAGGUCAACGUAACCGAUACGGAAUUCGUGGUGGUCGAAGACAUGACCUGCUCCGACACCAAUGCCGUCAUUCUGAAGGGGACGACGGUCCUGACGUACAAGCCCAAAGUGGUCGACCAUCCUUUCUCCGGCAGCCUGUCGGGCAUCGAGGUUUUCUCCUGCCGCCUGGGCAACGAGCAGGAAACGGCGCUCUCCAUCCUGGAUCCGGCCUUCAUCCAGCUUGAGCUGGUGGGGAAUUCUUCCUACCCAAACGGAUCGGGUCUCUUGGAUGCUUUCAACGGGGGAGACUUCCCUCCCCUUCUAGAGAUCCAGCUGCAAACCCUCGACAUCCGCCUCUCUUACAACGACAUCCAGCUCUUUCUGGCCAUCGCCAAGUCCAUCUCCAAGCAGACCAGCGGGGUGUUGCCCAGCCCUCCGGCCGCAGAGCCUCCGUCCCCUUCCGGCUCCUCUGGCCUCAGCGAGAAUCCGGGAGCGACCACCGAACGGACGGAGGCAGCGAAACGGGCCCUGGAUCCGGUCCUUGAAGUGCAGCUGGCCCGCCUGCAGGAACUGGGAUUCAGCCUGGACGACUGUCGGAAGGCUCUGCUGGAUUGCCAAGGUCAGCUGAAGAAAGCCGCCAGCUGGCUCUUCAAGAACGCCGAGCCUCUGAAGCGCUCCGGGUUCGAGUCUUGCAGCACGGACGGGCAGAGCUCCAGGGCUCUUCGGCUGGUCUCCGGGGUGGAAGUCAAAGCUGAAAACAUCUGCAUUUGUUUCAUUGACGACUGCAUGGACUGCGACGUUCCUUUGGCGGAGCUGACCUUUUCCCGUUUGAAUUUCCUCCAGCAUUUGAGGGCCAGCCCGGAAGGCUACGCUCACUUCACGCUCUCCGGAGACUAUUACAACCGGGAACUUUCCGGCUGGGAGCCCUUCGUUGAGCCUUGGCCCUGCUCCGUCUUUUGGCAACGGCAGCCAGCCAGCCGCCUCCACCCGUCUCGGCUGAAGCUGGAAGUCAAGGCGAAGCACCGCCUGGAUGUCAACAUCACCUCCAGGUUAAUCGAGCAAUAUGCCAGCACCAAGCAGUCCUGGAUGGCCGAUUACUGCAGUCAGGAGAAAGAAACGACGGAGGUGGAAUCCGAGGACUGGGUGGGCUCCUCGGUGGACCCGCCUUCCUUCAGGCAAGGCCUCCCACUUGCCUCCCUUAGAACUAGGAGCACAGCCAGUCUGACUAACCUAGAACACCAGAUGUAUGCUAGAGCUGAAAUGAAGGCCCCGAAGAGGAGGCAGCCCUUUGUGGCUUUCGCCCUGCGGAAUCACACCGGUUGCACCCUCUGGUUUGCCACGAUGACCACCACCCCAACUCGCGCGGCCCUCCUGCACAGCGGGAGCCCUCCGGUCCUGCCCGAGGAAAAGGAGACGUUUCUGGACGAAGCCCAUAAAGUCAGCGAGUGGCGGGAAGUCCUCGCGGGGGAAGAGAUCCCUUUCGCCUUCGAAGCCAAGGGGAAACUGAGGCACAGGCAUACCCAUGACCUGAGAAUUCACCAGCUGCAAGUGAGAGUCAACGGCUGGGAGGCCGUCAACCCUGUGUCCGUUGACAAAGUGGGGAUAUUUUUCCGGUAUGCAGCUCCAGAUAAAAGCAAUUCUUCCUCAACUGUCGGCAGCCCCAUUAGUAGGACCAACAUCAUCCAUCCACAGGUUUACUUUUCUUCGUUGCCUCCAGUUCGAGUGGUGUUCGCUGUGACCAUGGAAGGCAGCGCCAGGAAGGUGAUCACGGUUCGUUCAGCUCUGAUUGUGAAAAACAAACUUGAAACGCCAAUGGAACUGCGGCUGGACAGUCCUUCAGCGCCGGACAAACCUGUCCUGCUCCCCGCGGUGAUGCCAGGGGACUCUUUCGCCAUCCCCUUGCACCUGACUUCCUGGCGCCUCCAGGCCAGGCCGAAAGGCACCGGCGUCUUUUUCUGCAAAUCUCCCAUCCACUGGACGAAUGUCCAGAAGACUUUGGAGGUCAGCAGCAGCGAGAGGGAGUGUCACUCCAUGGAGCUGGACCACAGCCGGUUCUUCAGGUUUUGUGUGGCUAUCAAGAAAGAGAAUUAUCCAGACUACAUGCCUUCCAGCAUCUUCUCGGACAGCGCCAAGCAGAUUUUCCGCCAGCCGGGACACACCGUUUAUCUCCUGCCCACCGUGGUGCUGUGCAACUUGCUCCCUUGCGAGCUGGAGUUCUACGUCAAGGGUGCCCCGAUCAACGGGACCCUGAAACCCAGGAAGGAAGCCGUCCUGCACACUGCCGACACCUCGCAGAACGUCGAACUCGGGAUCUCCCUCGAAAACUUCACCCACUGCAAGGAGCUUCUGAUCCCGCCGGGAACACAAAAUUACGUGGUGCGGAUGAGGCUGUACGACAACAACAGGCGUCUCUUGAACCUCACUAUCCGGAUUGUGUGCCAAGCCAAAGGCGCCUUGAAGAUAUUCAUCUCGGCUCCUUACUGGCUCAUCAACAAAACAGGGUUGCCCUUAAUCUUCCGGCAAGAAAACGCAAAGACCGACGCGGCCGGCCAGUUUGAAGAACACGAGUUGGCCCGUAGCCUGAGCCCCCUCCUCUUCUGCUACGCCGACAAAGAGCAGCCAAACCUUUGUACCAUGAGAGUUGGCAGAGGUAUCCACCCCGAGGGGAUGCCCGGCUGGUGCCAGGCCUUCUCCUUGGACGGAGGAAGCGGCGUCCGAGCCCUUAAAGUGAUUCAGCAAGGAAACCGACCGGGUCUUAUUUAUAAUAUCGGCAUCGACAUUAAGAAGGGCAGAGGUCGCUACAUGGAUACUUGCAUGGUGACGUUCGCCCCUCGCUACCUGCUGGACAAUAAAUCCUCGCACACCCUCGCCUUUGCGCAGAGGGCAUUCGCCAGAGGACAGGGGACAUCCAAUCCGGAGGGCUACCUCUCCACCCUCCCCGGUUCCAGCGUGGUCUUCCACUGGCCACGCAACGACUACGACCAGUUGCUGUGCGUCCGGCUGAUGGACGUCCCCAACUGCAUUUGGUCUGGAGGCUUUGAAGUCAACAAGAACAAUUCCUUCCACAUCAACAUGAGGGACACGCUCGGGAAGUGCUGCUUCCUCCAGGUGGAGAUCACCUUGAAGAGAGCCACCUACUGCGUCUCGUUCAGCGACACCGACAAGUUCCCGCCUCCGUACCGCAUCGACAACUUUUCUAAGGUCCCAGUCGUGUUCGCCCAGCACGGUGUGGCCGAGCCACGUCUCAGCACCGAAGUGAAACCCUCCACCUCUUUGGACUACGCCUGGGAUGAGCCCACCCUCCCGCCUUACGUCACUCUGACCGUCAAAGGAGCUGGCUCGUCCGAAGUCACCUGCUGCAUGAACGACUUUCAAGAAAGCAAGCAGCUGUAUUACGAAAACUUCAUCUACAUCGCGGCCACGUACACCUUUUCGGGGGUCCAGGAAGAGACCGGAAGGCCUGUUGCUACCUACAAGGAUCUGGACUGCGCGGAGCUGGUUCUGGAUGUUUCUCCCAAGACGCAGAGAGUCAUCCUAAAGAAAAAGGAACCUGGGAAACGCUCUCAGCUGUGGAGAAUGACAGGGACCGGCAUGCUGUGCCACGAAGGCUCGGCCGUCCCCCGUCCCCCGAAUAAACCUUCCCCGCCUCGCUCGGCCGAGUCCUCCAUGAUUCUGGACAUCGCUGGGUUGGCCGCUGUGACGGACAACAGAUACGAGCCCCUGAUGCUGAGGAAACCAGACCGGCGGAGAAGCACGACUCAAACCUGGAGCUUCCGAGAUGGGAAACUUCUGUGCGGCCUGCAGGGACUCGCGGUGCAGGCCAAAGGAGGCAGAGCCGGGCUUCGGGACGGGGCGGAAGUAGUUCUCGGACCUGACACCUCCCUUGAACAGUUGAGUCCGGUCCCGUCAGAGCAGCGAUUCAUCAACCAGAAGAUGCGGCCUGGUUCUGGAGCCCUGGCGGUCCAGGUUAUUCCGGAUGGCCCGACCAGAGUGCUCCAGAUCACCGAUUUCAACCAGCGCCGGAAUGAACGUCUCUCGUACGAAGGAGAGGAGUUGGACCAGGACCUGUGGAAAUUGAAAAACCCAGACCUGGAACAAGAGUUGGAAGUCCAGCUGAAAUUAGAAGGAGGGAUCGGCUUGUCUUUGGUCAACAAGGCCCCCGAGGAGCUGAUCUUUGCGAGUUUCGUGGGCAUCACCGUCCACUUCACCCAGCUGUCGGCCAGUCAGGUGCUGGAACUGAGCAUACAGGACGUGCAGGUAGAUAACCAACUUCUCCGCACCACUCAGCCCUUCAUGCUUUUCCUCACCCCCAAGCUGGGUGAGAAUGAAGCGGCCGAAACGGGCCCAGCCGUGCAGCUGAACGCUAUGAAGUUCCCCAGCAAAAGUCCCCUAAGUGACAUAUACAAGCACCUGAUGGUCACGGCGAGCAGAUUCACCGUUCAAAUCGAGGAGAAGCUGCUCCUGAAACUUCUCAGUUUCUUCGGCUGCAACCAGACAGAAUCAGAGGUUGAAAAUUACGACGAAAACCUUCACGAAAAGCCCGCCGGUCAAGAGCCUGCCCGGAAGCGAUACUACUUUGAAAACCUCAAAAUUAGCAUCCCCCAAAUAAAACUGAGCGUUUUUACCUCUAGCAAGCUCCCCCUGGAUCUGAAGGCGCUGAAGAGCACCCUGGGCUUCCCUCUUGUCCGUUUCGAAGACGCCGUCAUAGAUCUGGAUCCCUACACCCGGGUUCACCCCUACGAGACCAAGAGCUUCAUCGUCAACGACAUUCUCAAGCACUUUCAGGAAGAGCUGCUCAGCCAAGCGGCCAGGAUCCUGAGCUCGGUGGACUUCCUGGGUAACCCCAUGGGGCUCUUAAACGACGUUUCCGAAGGAGUCACCGGGCUGAUCAAAUACGGCAACGUCGGCGGACUGAUACGGAACGUGGCCCACGGCGUGUCGAACUCCGCAGCAAAGUUUACAGGAACUUUGUCUGACGGCCUGGGAAAGACCAUGGAUAACCGGCAUCAGACGGAGCGGGAAUACAUUCGAUACCACGCGGCAACCAGCGGUGAACAUCUCGUGGCCGGCAUCCAAGGCCUGGCUCACGGCAUCAUUGGCGGGUUAACCAGCGUGAUCACCUCGACGGUGGAAGGGGUGAAAACCGAAGGGGGAGUUAGCGGCUUCAUGUCCGGUCUCGGUAAAGGACUUGUUGGGACGUUAACCAAGCCGGUGGCCGGAGCCCUGGACUUCGCCUCGGAGACCGCCCAAGCCGUCCGAGAGACAGCCACGCUGACCGGCCCCAGGACCCAGGCGGAGCGGAUACGCUUCAUCGCGGUGGAGAACGUGGACGGCUACUGCGUGGUCAUCUCUUCCAGAGCGGUUUAUUUCCUCAAGAGCGGCGACGCCCUGGACCGAGAGGCCAUCUUCCUGGAGGUGAAAUACGACGACCUCUACCACUGCCUCAUCUCCAGGGACCACGGACAGGUCUACGUCCAGCUGACCAAGAAAGCCGUCAAUUCCACCAGCGGCAUCGCGAUGCCCGGCCCGUCGCACCAGAAGCCCAUGGUCCACGUCUCCGCCGAGGACGUGGCCGUCCGCCUCUGUCAAGAGAUCAACUAUGCAAAGAGCCUUUUCUACGAACAGCAGCUCAUGCUGAGGUCCGGCGAGCACCACGAACACUUAGAACUGGACUCCUGACCCGGAGGAAACCGCCCCCCCCCCCACCCUGGACCUCCUCCCGCCACCACCACACGCUCGGCUCAGCCGGAGAAUCGGGGCCCCCCGUAAGGACGUUUUCGGGUGAAUCACAGAAGCCAAAAACUCCGCAGGGG